AUGACUGCAUUUUACAAAGCAUAUUCGCAAAAAGUAAAUAAUACAGGAAUAAUACCUGAAAUAACAUUAAAUAGAUCAAUGUCUAUUCAUUUUCCACUUUCAAUAGAUAAAAAUAGAAAAAAACGUUUUACGUCUUCUGGUAUUUCUUAUAAGCAACAUGAAUCUUAUAAUGAUUUUGGGUCUUUAUCAGUGGAUAGUUUACAACAUGCUUCAUCAUGCCAAGCUUUACCAUCAUCUCCAUCAUGUGAUAUAAAAAUUCGGUUAUCUGAAUUGAGUACAUAUGUUCCAUCAAAAAAAAGUAAACUUUUUCGAAGAGUCCUUUUAUCAAUUCAACGAAAAAAAAAUAUAUUCAUGUUUCGAAAUAAUUUGUUCUCUCGUUUUUAUAUAUCUCAAUUUAUUCAGCAAACGAUUAAUUUACUAUGUUCGUUUAAUGUUCGUAAAAAUGAGGUAUUAAAUAGUUUUGAUUGUUAUAAAAGUUUUCUAGAAGAAGAAUAUUGGCGCAGAAUUCUUCUACAAGAAAUUUUAAUGUUAAGUUUUUUUACUCAACCUAUUAAACAGGAACAAGUAUUAAAUAACAUUCGGCCUGAUUUAUCUAAUACAGUUGAAGACACUGAUAAUUUUAUUAUUAAACCCAGUGUAUCAACAUGUCCAGUGACACCAACAUUACAAUCGUCAUCAUCAUCUACUGCUUCUGCUUCUUUAUCAUCUACAAAUUAUGCUCCGUUUGGCUCUAAAUUAUUUCCUUUAUUUUAUAAUAUUAAUCAGUUAUCACCGGGUGACUUUCAAUCUAGUCCUGAAAAAACAUCAAUUAUCUAUACUGGUGAUGAGAAUUUAAAUUCUAAUGUUUCAUUUUCUUCGGAUAAUUGCAAAUUAUAUAUUCAUGAUACUUAUAAAGAUUUUUUGCCAAAAAAACAAGAAAUAAAAAUUGGAAUACUAUAA